CCGUUCUUCUCACAGGUCGAGCAGCGAUUUGUCGCGAUGGACGAGGAGACCGGAGCCUUGGGGCGCCAUGCGGAGGCCGGCAGCAGCGGGGCCCGGUACAAGGGGGUGAGGCUGCGCAAGUGGGGCAAGUGGGUGUCCGAGAUCCGGCUCCCAAACAGCCGGGAGCGGAUAUGGCUCGGGUCGUACGACUCCCCCGAGAAAGCGGCGAGGGCCUUCGACGCAGCGCUCUACUGCCUGCGGGGCCGACAUGCGCAGUUCAACUUCCCCGAGACCCCGCCAGACUUUGCUGGGGCCGAUGGCCUCACUCCCCAGGAGAUCCGGGCCGUCGCCGCCCGGUUCGCCCACGAGGCCCCCGAGACCUCAGAGCAGAGCAGAAGCAAGGACGACGGGCACGGGCAUGGCACUUCGCCAUCCGCGGCCCGAGAAGGAGACGACAGUGGGAGCAAUGACAUGGACUGGUCGUUCUUGAAUGCGUUGGACGACAACGAAUGCCCCUGCUCUGGAUACGGGCUUUACGGAGGGCUGGACUACGUGGGCGGUCAUGAGUUGGUGCCUCCGCCGCAAGCAUCAGCAACAGCAAACAACACAGAAGACGAGAAUGACGGUGGCGGCGAUUGUCACCAACCAUCAUUUCUCUGGAACUUCUGAAGAGCUUUUCAAAUGGAAAAUUACUCCGGCAGAAUUUUUGUUUCUUGCCAGAGGAAACUCAUCUUGUACCCGUCCUUUUUUCCAAAAUCUUUGCCUUGAUGUUGAUCAUUACAUGAUGAUAAUAAAUAAGUGGAUCAACAUUACAGGGUAGUGUUUUUAGGGUUUUAUUCUUAAUUUA